GUUUGUGGGCGGCUGCCUGAGAGGAAUGCCGGGACAGGUCCCCACGAGGAAGCCUGAGGUGUCCCAGCUUGAGGAAGCAGAGAGAGGCUGCAUUGGCACCUGCAGGGAGCAGCUGGGUCCAAAGGAGCAAAGAGACACAGACCUGUGGGCCCCAUGGCUAAGGAGAAGGAGCCGCAGAAGGGGGCUGAGCUCCAGAAUGCUUCGCAGGGCCUCCAGGAUAGCUUGUUCUCUGAAAAUGACAACAGCCUGUACUUCACCUACAGUGGCCAGCCUAACACCCUGGAGGUCAGAGACCUCAGCUAUCAGGUGAAUAUGGCCUCCCAGGUGUCUUGGUUUAAGCAGCUGGCUCAGUUCAAGAGGCCUAGGACAUAUCGCAUCAGCCAAGAUUCCUGUGAGCUGGGCAUCCAAAACCUGAGCUUCAGAGUGAGAAGUGGGCAGAUGCUGGCCAUCAUAGGGAGCUCAGGCUGUGGGAGAGCCUCGUUGCUGGACGUGAUCACCAACCGAGGCCACGGUGGCAAGAUCAAGUCAGGUCAAAUCUGGAUCAAUGGGCAGCCCAGCACACCCCAGCUGGUGAGGAAGUGUAUGGCCCACGUGCGCCAGCAUGACCAGCUGCUCCCCAACCUGACCGUCCGAGAGACCUUGGCCUUCAUUGCCCAAAUGCGCCUGCCCAGAUCCUUCUCCCAGGCCCAGCGUGACAAAAGGGUGGAGGACGUGAUCGCAGAGUUGCGGCUGCGGCAGUGUGCGGACACCCGCGUGGGCAACACGUACUUGCGGGGGGUGUCCGGGGGUGAGCGGAGGAGAGUCAGCAUUGGGGUGCAGCUCCUGUGGAACCCAGGGAUCCUCAUUCUGGAUGAACCCACCUCUGGGCUCGACAGCUUCAUGGCCCACAACCUGGUGAAGACCUUGUCCAGGCUGGCCAAGGGCAACAGGCUGGUGCUCCUCUCCCUGCACCAGCCCCGCUCGGACAUCUUCAGGCUGUUUGACUUGGUCCUGCUGAUGACGUCAGGCACCACCAUCUACUUGGGGGCAGCCCAGCACAUGGUGGAGUAUUUCACGGCCAUCGGCUACCCCUGUCCUCGCUACAGCAACCCUGCUGACUUCUAUGUGGACUUGACCAGCAUCGACAGGCGCAGCAAAGAGCAGGAAGUGGCCACCAGGGAGAAGGCUCGGUCACUUGCCACCCUGUUUCUAGAAAAAAUACGUAGCUCAGAUGACUUUCUGUGGAAAGCGGAGGUGAAGGAGCCCGACGUGGGCACUUGUGUAGAGAGCCUGGCCCUCCCACAGGACACCAGCAGCCUCCAGACUCCCAUUGAGCGGCCUGGGGCGGUGCAGCAGUUCAGCACGCUGAUCCGUCGUCAGAUUUCCAACAACUUCCGAGACCUGCCAACCCUCCUCAUCCAUGGGGUGGAGGCCUGCGUGAUGUCCCUGACCAUCGGGUUCCUCUAUUAUGGCCACGGGGCCAACAAGCUCUCCUUCACGGACAUGACGGCCCUCUUGUUCAUGAUUGGCGCUCUCAUCCCCUUCAACGUGAUCCUGGGUGUCAUCUCCAAAUGUUACUCGGAGAGGGUAAUGCUUCACGCUGAACUGGAAGACGGGCUGUACACCACUGGCCCAUAUUUCUUUGCCAAGAUCCUAGGGGAGCUCCCGGAGCACUGCGUCUACACCAUCAUCUUUGGGAUGCCCAUCUACUGGCUGGCCAACCUGCAGCCGAGCGCCAAGCCCUUCCUGCUGCACUUCCUGCUGCUGUGGCUGGUGGUCUUCUGCUGCAGGAUCAUGGCCCUGGCCACCUCGGCCAUGUUCCCCACCUUAUACAUGGCCUCCUUCUGUGGCAACGCCAUUUACAACUCCUUCUACAUCACCGGGGGCUUCAUGAUAAGUUUGAGCAACCUGUGGACAGUGCCUGCGUGGAUUUCCAAAGUGUCCUUCCUGCGAUGGUCCUUUGAGGGGAUGAUGACAAUCCAGUUUAGCGGGCAGCUUUAUAGCAUGCAGCUGGGCAACCACACCGUCUGGGUCUCGGGAGACGCGAUCCUCAAGGCUAUGAACCUGAGCUCGUACCCGCUCUUGGUCAUCUACUUCAUCAUCAUUGGCAUCAUUGGUGGCUUCACCGUCCUGUACUAUGUAUCUUUAAGGUUUAUCAAACAGAAAUCAAGUCAGGACUGGUGAUUCACGCCCAGGCUCCUCCCCGCUGGUGGAGGACUAAAGCGGACCCUUCGACUGCACUCCCUUCCCCCAGGAAACCCCUUCCUGGGGACAAUGAUAAUAGUCACUGGCUACAACCGCCCCACGGUGCUGCAGUGGCACAGACCAGCCACAGGAUGGCAGUAGAAUAAAGAUAGUCAAAAGGCAUUUCUGAUCUCUGGCAGGAGAUUGCCAUUCCUGGAAGCGAGAAACCCUGCACUUGGUGGCACCUACAACGUUGCUAAUUUAUUUCCUUUUGAUGUGUAUGUAUAUGGGCAACUCAACAUAGGAUGGGAGCAAAUUAGGGAUGAACUGAGUAGCUAGGCUAUACGGGAAUUGCUAGAACCCAAAGGAAACAAUAACAUAAUAGCUAGCAAAAGACUUGAUCUCCUCUUCUGGGGCCCCAGACUCUGUGAUUAGCCACUUCCAACACAUGAAGUGAUCUAAAACAUAACGUCGAGAUGUCAUCCUUCUUUUUGCGUGGGGUCAUGAGCUCCAAAAGCCAAAGUAAAUAACUAAAAAUUUAUUGAGCAUCUAUUCUGUGGCAAGGACAGUGUAAAAUGUUUUAUGUGGACGCCACCAUCUGAUUCUCAACACUGCCCUUUGAGGUGAGCAGUAUCUCAUUUAAUAGGUGAGAAAACGGAGGCACAAAUUCAUUUUGCGAAGGGCACACAGACACUACGUGGUGGAGUCCUGUGGGGGUCAGAAAAGCCUUGGGCCUGAGCCACUGUUAGGCUUGGAAACCCAGCAAGACGGGUUCACAGAGACUCAGCCAGGCCUCUUAGAGUUGCGUGUCCCUGGCCCUGGCUGGUCUCAGGACCAGCCCUGAACCCUUCACAGUGGCCAGGGGAUAGGGUGGCGUGGGCCCAGAUCGCACGCUUCACGCCUGAGUGUUGGAGACCAUGUGACCCAUGGCAGGUGCUCAUAGAGCGGGAGGGGAUUGUUCCUAAAGGAAAACUAGAGUUUGGAACCAAAAGAAGCGGGAAGGUGGGUGCUUGGGAGGCACACAGUAAAUGCCCUCCACAGGUUCGCUACUUGCUGCUUCAAGUGUGGUCCCUGGGCCAGCCGUGUGGGCAUAGCUGGGAGCGGGUGGGACAGGCAGAGUCUCAGGCCCCACUCAGACCCACCGAGUCAGAACCUGCAUUUUAAGAAGAUCCCCUGGUGAUUUGUGCACUUUCAAACACGCUGCCCUUUUCCAACGCACCCAUCACACUCAGGGUGCUUCCGUGGGCACGUUGCCGCCAUCUACCGCGCAGGCCCCUUCUCAGGCUUCUCUGGGAGCCCUGACAACAUCCAAGAGGAUCCAGGGCGGGAUCAAGCACUGGAUCUAGUGGUCAUGUCUCUUUGGUCUCCUUCAGUUUAGAACAGUUCCUCAACUUUCCUGGACUUGCAUGACCUUGACACUUGAGGAUUUUGUAGGAUAUGUCUCAAUUUGGGUUUGUCUGAUAGUUUUUCAUGAUUAAAUUCGGGUCCUGCACGUUCGCAGUGCCUCCUAUCAGGGGGCUCAUGAUUUCCACUUGUCCCACAUUGGCAGUGCUCACUGAGAGAGAUCACUGGAUUAAAGGGGUGUCUGCCAAGCUUCUCCACAGUCGAGUUACUAUUUCCCCUCCUUAAUGAGCAUUUUAUAAGUAGAUAACUUUAAAACUACACAAAUUGCCUGUUCCUUACAAAACUUGCCAUUUAUCCAUUUUUCAUUUCUACCAACAUAGAUAGGUAGUUUCCUAUGUUAAUCAGUGGGUUAAAAUUCUUUACUAUCAUUAUUAAUUUUGAUGCACAGAUUUUCCUGAUUUGGCCAGUGAGAGUCCCUUCAAGCUGGCUUCUUCAUCCUUUUGACAUGUCCCCACCAUUGAGAACUUUGUGACAUUUUUAAUUUCAUCUUAUAUUUUCCCACCCCAGCACUGGAAUCAGACAUUUCUCUAAGGAAUCUUUGUUCCUUUUAGUGGAUGAUGGUGUUUAGAAGCCAAGAUCCAAGUGCUAAGUACACUCAAUGCUGUUGGGGCAUCUCUGCUCCCACCCCCUCUCAGUGAACAGAGUUUGGGAAUAUGCACACAUGCUCAGCAGUGUAUGUGAGUUUACAUCGAUAACACCCAGUUCUAAUCCAGUACCCAGAGUUGAGUCUAGUUCCUCGGCCUUUUCAAUUUGUAAUACUUCCCUCCAAUUAUUCUUCCAAUAUCCUUAUCCCAUCUCAUGUGAUUAAUCCCCUGCAUGUGACCAAUCUCCCAGCUACACCACGAUGCCUUCCCGUGUGGACACCCUGCCCACCCUGCUUGGGCUCUGACUUUCAUGCCAAGCUGUCCCUGCAUCAGCACAGCUGCCCGCCUCACCUUGUUCUGACCCACCACAGCUCCCCUUGCCCACUGUGGGCACCUAAUGGAUUUAGGCCUGAAUGAAGGAGAAGGGGGCAGGGGGAAAAAGAUGUUGGGUUUUUUUGUUUUUAACUCCCCAAGGCCUUCUGAUGUGCAGUGAAGUUGACAGCCAUUAAGAUAUAUCACCUGACCUUGAGAGCCCACCACUCAGUCCACAGAGGGCUUUGUAACUCAGUGGGCUCUGCGUGCUGGGCUGCAGGGGGCGAGGGGCAAAGUGCAAAGGCAGGAGAGAUGGAGAAACCCCAGGAGCUGCCAUUUCUUUGUGUUUUUUCCUAAAGUAGUGGUUCUCCACCCUGGUUGCCCACACAGGAGCUUUAACAAAGGCCAAUGUGGACCCACGCCCCAGAGAGUCCGAUUCCAUGGGUCUAUUGUUGAAAAUGCUCUCCAAGGUGUGUGAGGCCAGGGAAACAGAGAACCAAGGCUCUAGAGGCACACGGUUUGUUCAGUGAGCCCCACCCUGCGCUGCAGAAGGAUAGGGACUUGCUUGUUUGUACUUAUCAAGUGCAUGGGUUGCAAACUUUUCCUGUUAGAGUUAGACAGUAAAUAUUUUAGGCUUUGUGGGCCUUUGUGGUCUUGUUGAAAUUACUUAACUCUGCUGCUACAGUGUAAAAGCAGCCGUAGACAGCAGUAAAGUACUAGUGGUGUGGCUGUGUUCCAAUAAAAUAUUAUUUGCAAACACAGGCGGCUUGCUGGAUUUCGCCUGAGGCUGCAGUUUGCAGACCCUCAAUCAAAAGGUAAAGGUUCUGAAAUUUGCAUUUUAAGCCCUCCAAUUUCAAGUUAUGCUAUUUAUGAGGAAUUUUAAUUAAAUGGAGGAUAAUUACCUAUAUUGACUCAAAUACAUCCUGAUGUGAUUUUUAAAAAAACUGUUCUUGUUCCUAUAGAGUAUAUAAGACAUAAUCUUGCCCUGGGUUAAGCCAGUCUACAGACUUAGAUCUUACACUUGCUUUUGUUUUCUUUUCUUCCACUUCUCUUCAACUCUUGUCUUGUUCUCAAAUGUCAAAUUCAAGUGUUAACAGACCUGGGGCCACUGGUUCUACUGAGACUCAAAUUAGUCGCUUAGAAGAGGAGCUUAGCACAGCCUACAACCCACUUUGCUUUGGGCCUGACUUGCCCAGGGGUCUGGAGCACCAAACAGGCUUGGAAGAAGAGAGCAGGGGACUGGAAUGCAGGGAAAGUGAUGAAGCAUUUUGUUGGUUGACCUGUGCUUACUUAGAAAAUAUAACCAAUGCUCAUGCCUGCAAGGCAAGAAACAUCCUUACUUGCAAAUAGUCUGAACUAAGUAAUUUAAAUCUCAAGUCAUCUGUCAUUCAUACUUGGUAAUGAUUGGGUCUUCACUUACAGUGGCCUGGGUACAGAGCGAUUAGCCUCCGUGUCCCUACCACAGGGGCUGUGCCUUCCUGAGGCGGCGUGGGCAGGGGAGGCAGGCAGGCAGAUGGAGCACAGCCCAUUUUCUGCUGGGGAGCUGGGAACAGCAGCACACAUGGUGUUAGCAGCUAAUAAUUAAAACAAUGUUUAAGCAGUGGGUUGAGAUUUUUCAAACACAUAGCAAUUCAAUAACACUUCUCUUUAAUAGCACUCUCACAUUUGUUGUGUGAUUGCCUUUUGUUAAACUGUAUUUUUGUUUCGACAAACUGCUAAUAAGCUCUACUGUCCCAUGCUAAAAAUGAAGCUCUUUAUUUUCGUUGAUUCCACAACUGCACAGAAUCCUUGUGCUGUGCUUGGGCUCAGCUUGAGGUUGUCUUUUAUCACACAUUUGAGAGGUCUCCUCCUCCUCCUGACAGUAAACUUGCAGGUUUUUAUGUGGACACUCAGGUUUUAAAGAACUCAACCACACUGACUUAAUAACUGGAAAUCCUGUGUGAAGACAGCGUGUGGGAAGAAACCCCCCAGUGCAUGCAAACCAUACAUCUCAGAAAGAAUAGGACUUGGAAAAGGGGAAGGACACGAUGUUGUGCCCAUGGAUUCAGUCAAUGAUGCUUACUGGGCGCCUACUGGACUCUAACUGGCAGCUCUGCGGAGUGCUGGAAGAGCUCACGUCCUGGGGGACGAAAAUACCCUGACAGCCUAAGGUGUUCAGAAACUGGGAACACUGUACUAAUGUGAAAGGCUUUUUAAAAAAUAAAGUAUCUUUGCAGUAUAGAGUCCAGUGACUUUUAACUAGAUUUUUAACUUACUUUAAGCUGGAUUGUUU